GCAAAUAUGAAAGUUUAGCUGAAGAAGGUUCCAGCCAUCCAUUAGCCAUAUAAACUUCAUAAUUAUCGAAUGCAGUAAAGAAGGUAGAGGAAUGAAUGCCUACGGCGAAUUCGUGCUUUGUUUCAUUAGUGGCACUGUACACUUUUUCGAACAUGAAAUGCAAUUUCAAUAGCUUUAAAAAAAAUUAACGUGUAAAAGAAAGAUACACUCUAUAUAUUCGCUUCUUCGUUUGAAACAGAACCAUAACCUGCCUCACUGUCAAUAAUUCAGUUACAAAAAGCUGUAUAAUAUCAGCUUUUAGGACGAUCUCUGAAUGUAUAUUGUAUCUAAGCACUAAAAAGAAGUUUUCUAAAGUCUUAUUUUAUUUUCUUGAGAUAUUUUGAACUUCUCAUUUAUAACGGGCGAUUUCAACUCAGAAGGUUGAAAUUACAGGACAAACACUACGCAUUUUUAAUUCAUUAUCAAACUGAAUUAAUCUACUGUCUAAUUCAACCAUGGAAAUUGAAGCUCCACGAAAACCGGACGAAAAAUGUCCUCUCUGUCAAGCCGACAGAUACUUGAAUCCGAAUAUGAAGCUGCUCAUUAAUCCGGAAUGCUAUCAUAAAAUGUGUGAAUCGUGUGUCGAUCGUAUUUUCACAACGGGUCCUGCUCCCUGUCCUACUCCUGGCUGUGGAAGAAUUCUCAGAAAAGCCAAGUUUCGUGAACAGACUUUUGAGGAUGCGCAAAUAGAAAGAGAAAUCGACAUCCGAAGAAGAAUGGCCAAAAUCUUCAACAAAACUCAACAGGAUUUUGCAUCUCUGCAAGCUUAUAAUGACUACCUGGAACAAGUCGAAAACUUGACUUUUAACCUCAUUUACGACAUUGAUGUUGAGCAAACAGAAGCACAAGUGCAAGCAUAUGAAAAGCAAAAUCAAGAAUCCAUUGCUACAAAUUCUGCUCGGGCUUUAGCAGAAGCAAGAGCGUUGGCCCACAACGAAAUGAUGGCAAAAAAACAGAAGCAACAAGCAAGAGAAGCGAUUCUACAAGAAGAGGAGUUGGAGCGCAAGCAUAAAGCAGAAGUUGAACAGCAAAUCAUUCACGAUUUGGCAACGUCUGGAAAAGAUCCCAACAAAAUUGUUGAACUAUCAUCCACACUUAAACGGCAACGAAAUGAGUUACAUCCAGCUAUGAAAACAUUCUCAACUACUGGCUUCUCUAACGCCCUCUUUGGUAAUGCACCUGUAAUACCAAAUGUUCCCGCAUUUGAUCCGCUGGAGGGGACGCAUGCUCCAAGCAAGUACUUCGACGAACGCGAUCUUGUUUUCGACGACCCGUACUUGGAAAAGCUUGAACAAAAUGUUCCACAGCUCGCCGGCUUCAGAAGCAGUUAUGUUCAUCAAAGGGCUUUAUAUGAUGCAUUUUGCGGAUUGGAUUUUGAUUUAAACCUUUUAGAAACGAGUGCUUAGAUGUACACCUAAUACAUAUAUACCACGAAAACCGAAAAAUACAAAAACAAAAUUUUGUCACUAGCUUGGUUGAGAUGAGACCAAAGUCACCAAGAUCUUAGAGAAUUUAAUAGGGCUUAAACCGACGACUUUCACGGAUCUGCUGGAUUCUUUGUUUGUCCUGCUCGAACUUUCGGACCAAAUCAUUAAGCUUCUUCUUUUUCUCUUCACGCACUUGCCAGCGAUAAAAGUUGUGAUGGAUUCCAACCUCCUUUUUGCGAGCCAAAAUGGCCUUUGCCUCUUCUUCAUUGCCGACACGGUUGCGUCCACCACGGACGACUGUAAUAAAACCAUCUUCGUCGGGUUGGUUACGAGCAAGUAGAAGUUGUUUCUUUCUCUCAGCUUCCAUUUUGGCAACCCGGUUCAUAUACGCAUCAACACUUUCUUGCAAAACUUCAUGUCUGGGAAAUUGGCGAUCGUAUUGUCUUGUAAAACCUGCGUAUGUUAGAUGUAACUCUAAAAAAUAAAACAUUCUCCCCUAUCUCAUUGCUUAAGACGUACGUUCUAAACCGGAGGAUUGAGUCAUGGGCCAUUGGAUAACCAGCGAUUUCUUGCUAGCUUGUUUCAGCACACGUUUGACUUCAUUUUCUUCAAGCAAUUGAAUAUGUAACUUUAGAUUGCAGGAGCGAUUUUUUGACAGCGGUGGAUUUACAGUUACCACACGACCACCGAGUUCUGACAUAAUGUUUUUGAUGCACUUUUCUGUAGCAUCGCUAGGGACGUUUAUAAGGAAAAUACUGUUUUCUGCCUCUGCAUCUUCUUUCAAAAAACAGUCGUGGUAAACACUGUCAGACAGCUUCAAUCGAAACCUUGUAAAUUCAGAGAGUGCUGCGGAGCUCAUUUUGACGAAAAUAGAAGCGUCAACAGGGUUUUCAGUUCAAGAGAGCUGUGACAGGUUUUGUUAUAUUGCUCUGUUAGUGGUAUACUACGGUAUACUAUGCUAUGGUGGUGGUGGUGUUGAAUAGACAAGAAUAGUAUUUGCAGAGAAUGAAUGGAUG